UGAGUCACUUGGCUGCGGGUGGGGUUGCCAGCUGAAGAAGUUUGCAUGCAGAUAAGGAUGCCAGACGCAAAAAAGCGAACACCCACAUAUCGUAGCAAUUACAAUUAUUAUUAUUGUUGUCUAACAACGUCGACAGAUGUGUGAGUGUGAACAUUAGCCAACUAAAUGGCCAAACUAACGCAAUACAAAUUGCCAACGAGUUCUUUUCGAUUGCUCUGCCAUAGCGGUAGCUAAUAGCUGUUCGGGCUUUUCAAUUACACAGAAAGUUACGUGAACAACAACAGCAACAACAACAACAACAGCAGCAGCAACAACAAACAAAACAAAAAAAGGAACAAAAAGAAAGAAGAGAAGACACCCAAUUGUAACAUACAUAUAUGGAUAUGUGCACACAUGCAAACGCCAACAUAACACAGUGAGAUGACAUCGGACGGCUACAACAAUAAUAAUAGCAACAACAACAACAACAACGGCAUCGACACAAACCAGCUGCAAUGAACGUAAAGAAAAGGCCACGUCUGGAGCUGGCCACAGCUGCAACAGCAACGGCUGCAACAGACGUUGCAUAUGCUACAUAUAGUAACGGGAAUGGUGCUGGCACGGCAACAAACGGUAUUUUUCUAGCGAGCGGCGUGGACGUGAACAAUGGUGCACAAAUCUAUUUAACCAUAUGCGGUGACGAUGACAAUUCGAAUGAAUCUCAGGAGUUUUAUGCCAUCGAGAGCAUUAAACAGGAACCAGAUUUGGAUGCGCUGCACGCGCUGCUCCCAACAAAUCUGCAGCUGCCAACGGGUUGUGAAAUCUAUUUAGUUAAAGACACCACUACCACGACGACCACAAGUCCCAAGGCGCACGAGCAAUUGUUGCAGAAGCAACACCAGCACCAGCACCAGCAGCAAAACCAACACCAACAGCAGCAUGCACAACCAAUGGCUUCCAUUAAACUGGAGCCGGACUCCAUUGCCACACCGUCCACGAACGUGCUGUACGUUAGUGGCAGCGGUGCAACAACGACCACGCACAACAUUGUUGUUGCUGCCAGCAAAGAUUCACCAGGCAGCGCCUGUGGCAGCGGCAGCGGCAGCAGCAGCUCCUCUUUACCAGUGGCUAGCCAUGCCGCAGCAGCAGCAGUUCCAGCCAUAGCUUCAGCUGGCUAUAAUGUUAAGAUGGAUGCGUUUAAGAAGCGCGACGACAAGCGCCGCGCCACACACAACGAGGUGGAACGCCGGCGUCGUGAUAAAAUCAAUUGCUGGAUCUUCAAGCUGAAGGAGAUGCUGCCAACGGAGGGCAAUCGCUACAAGCCAAUGGCCGAAACGUUGGACAGCAAAGCGGCCAGCAUGCGGAAUAAUCAGCAGCAGCAGCAGAAUGGACGCACACCACCCAACGAUUCCAAGUCUCAAAUAUUAAUCAAGGCCUGUGACUACAUCAAGAGUAUGCAAAAUGAGAUAGACAGUCUGCGCGAUUGUUUGCAGGAGGCGGAACAUUUGCGUUUAAGCAAUCAGGCGCUGCGUGAUGAAUUGGAAACGUUGAAGCAGCAACAGGAGCUGCAGGAGCGUUUCAAUACCGCUGGCGGCUCAUUCAACGUAACGCUUAACUCCCUCAAUAGCUCAGCUACUAGUGACCUCUUCGAUAAUAUGGAUGGGGCGGCCAAUCUCUCAGCGGUCUCGUCGAUUAACUUUACCAAACGGGGCCUAAUGAUCAGCGACUACGAUGAGUAGAGCCGAGAACCCAAAAACAAAAAAACAAACAAACAAACCAAAGAAGAGAUAAUAGCAAAUUUAUAUACAUACAUACAGACAGACAGACAUAUAUAUAUAUAUCUAUAUAGUUAAAUCAUUUUAUGUGCCAGAAUUUGUUGAGCGGACGAAAAAGAAGAUGAAGCUUCGGUUGAAUCGAAGAUAUUUUCUUGUUAUCGCUUUUUGUUAAAUAUUGGCUGGCAAUCCUCAUAUAUACGGCAUACGUACAUACAUAAACAUAAAUACAUAUUCAUAU